UUGCCCCCUCGACUCUUCCGGGGGUUUUCAAUUCGCGGUUCUUCAACACCCAAAACCACUUUGCGCGCUUUGCUGAACAAUUCUCUUGGUGCCUGCUUUUGCAAUGGAAGAAACGCAAGGGUACAGAGGAAAAUCGAAUGCCAUUGAAGAUGAAGCAGCAGAAGAAGAAGAUAUUGGAAGCAGCGGAGUGUUUCUUGAACUGAAGCACCACUGUGUACAGCUGCUGGACCUCCUUCAGAAUUCCAAGAAGAAUCAUUCUUUUCUUACUCAACUUCUUCAACUGCUCCAACGAUCUCCCCCGCAGUCCUUGCAGCCGUUCUUAGACUAUACUUUGUUUCCAUUGCUGCUUCUAUUCGAUGCAGCAGUAAAUUGUAGGUCCUCGAUGAAGUCUGACUCCAAAGAUAAUCCUCUGGAGUCUAAUACCUUAGGGCCAGCACAUAAAGUGAGUGACUCUGCGGCCGAAGGUGUUGUCCUUUGUUUGGAGGAAGUCCUGAAGAAGUGCCAGAUAGGAUCUGUUGAUCAGAUGGUUGUUAUACUGAGGAAAUUGACCCAUGGAGCAAUGCUUUCUCCAUUGGAAGCUUCAGAAGAGUUCCGUGAAGGAGUAAUAAGGUGUUUUAGGGCACUGCUGCUUAAUUUGUGUCCUUGUUCUGAUGGCUCCUGUCCAUGCAAACAAAUAGGUCAGUGGCCUAGUCUUCCUGCUGUAAAGGAGUUGCAAUUUCCUCUUCCCAAACUACCAAAAUGUGAUUCAGUCUUGGGAGAAUGUUUAUCAGCAUUUCUUCAGUCUGAACCUGCUUCUGCCGCGAUUGGACACUGGCUUUCUCUUCUGCUCAAGGCUGCAGAUAUUGAGGCCACACGAGGUCAUCGAGGCAGUUCAAGGCUUCGUGUUGAAGCCUUGAUGACACUACGAGUCCUCGUUGCAAAGGUAGGUACUGUGGAUGCAUUGGCUUUUUAUUUACCAGGUGUUGUCAGUCAGAUUGGGAAGGUGUUGCAUGCAUCAAGAUCAAUGAUUAGUGGUGCGGCUGGAAGUUCCGAAGCCUUAGAUCAGGCUUUGAGAGGGUUGACCGAAUAUGUUAUUAUAGUUCUCGAGGAUGAUGCCACUACAUCUAUUCUUGGUGCCCCAACAGAUGAAAUUUCUGGGCUCCGCUCAAGCAAAGAGAAACCUCUUGCAUCAUUCCUAGAGGAACUCCGGCACCUGCCUGUUAAAAGUUCACUUCCAGAUGAUGUCAGAACUUCAAUUGAACCUGUAGUGAGCAGCUGGGAUACCACUCUGAUCGAUUCUGAUAUUAAAGUCGGAUCUCUGCGUGUGAAGCGUACGGCGGAUUGGUUAGCAAAUACUACUGCUCAUGUUAAUAAACUAAUGUCUGCAACGUUUCCACAUCUUUGUGUUCAUCCAAGCAGAAAAGUGCGACUGGGACUUUUGGCUUCUAUAGAGGCACUCUUAUGUAAAUGCAGUUAUGCACUCAGAGAAAGCAGAUUGAUGCUUUUGGAGUGCUUAUGUAUUUUGGUCUGCGACGACUCUGAAGACGUGUCUUCAUAUGCUCAGGCAUUAUUUGGACUAUUUGUUUCAUCCAGAAGAAAACAUCAAAUGGAGCAUGAUAUAGCUGAGGUUUUUAGCAGGUUAGUUGAGAAGCUUCCUCAAGUGAUACUGGGUAAUGAGGAGUCACUUGCGCUAUCACAUGCCCAGAAAUUGCUUGUGGUUACAUAUUUUGGUGGUCCCCGACUUGUUGCAGACUACCUUCUUCAAUCUACGGUGGCAGCUGCUCGUUUCUUGGAUGUUUUUGCCCUCUGUUUGAGUCAGAACUCGGUAUUUGCUGGUUCACUCAAAAAGCUUGCAGCUAAAAGACCAUCCGCAUCUGGAUUCAUGCAUUCAAUAUCUGAGAUCAGGGAUAUUACCAGUGCUGAAAAUGAAAAUUCUGAGUUAUUAGGUCUGAAAGACAGGAAAUCUUUAUACUCGUAUGAACAUGUAAACAACAAAUAUGAGCUGCCUAGCAUGCCACCUUGGUUUGGUCAUGUGGGUAGUCAGAAGCUGUACCAGGCUCUUGCUGGAAUUCUUAGACUAGUCAGUCUAUACAUGUUUACAGACUCUCAAAGCGAGGGCUCUUAUUCUGUUUUAAUUGAUAUUCUCCUGGGGCACUUGCGUAAAUUGAUAUCUGAGUUGCGAAACAAAGAACACCUCAAGGACAGUUGGCAGGCAUGGUACAAGAGAACUGGUUCAGGGCAUUUGGUUCGUCAGGCUAGUACUGCUGCAUGCAUUUUGAAUGAGAUGAUUUUUGGACUCUCUGAUCAGGCCAUUACCUCUCUCGGAAGACUCUUCCAGUCUAGUCCACAAGAGACCAAGGGGUUCUGCGGAAGUGGUAAUGGUAAAUCUUUUGGGUAUAUAGGUGCUUUGCCAGAACAUUGGGUUCAGAAGGUGUAUCAGAAUAAUGUUGCAAGGAGUUACUUGAUUGAGUGCAUUGGUAGUAUCUUACAUGAAUAUUUAUCACCUGAAGUCUGGGAUCUUCCACUUGGAUUCUCAGCUUCUCUCCAACAAACUGGAGAAGUUGGAGACAUAAGUUUACAUUUUUUUAAUGACAAUGCAAUGCUUCACCAGGUUAUUAUUGAAGGGAUAGGCAUAUUUAAUGUCUGCCUUGGCAAAGAAUUUUCAUCAUGUGGAUUUCUUCACUCCUCACUCUAUAUGUUGCUUGAAAAUGUUAUUUGCUCAAAUUUCCAAGUCAGAAGGGCAUCUGAUGUGGUCUUACAUGCUAUCUCUGCUACACAGAACUGCCCCACUGUGGGUCACUUGGUAUUAUCAAAUGCAGACUAUGUAAUCGAUUCAGUGUGCAGGCAACUGCGCCAUUUGGACCUUAAUCCUCAUGUGCCUAAUGUUCUUUCUGCAAUGCUUUCUUACAUUGGAGUAGCUGAUAAAAUAUUACCAUUAUUGGAGGAGCCGAUGCAUGCGGUCUCUAUAGAGCUUGAAAUUCUUGGCAGGCAUCAUCACCCAAAUUUAACUCUCUCCUUUUUGAAGGCAGUUGCAGAAAUAGCGAAAGCCUCCAGACAUGAAGCUUAUAAACUACCGAAUCAAGCAGAGUCAUACAAGAAAGAAAUAAAUGCAAAAAUGCUGAACACAGAGAAGAGAACAGGAAAGCACUUUUCUGGAUCAUUUGCUAAUGAUACAGACAUUGAACAAAUGGGCUCCCAAACAGAUGGUGGAAUUUCCACCAGUGAGGCUGAUAUGCAAGAGGAGGAAUGGGAGGUGGUUUUGUUCAAGUUUAAUGACUCCAAAAGGUAUCGACGAAUAGUUGGAUCGAUUGCAGGGUCAUGUCUUGUUGCAGUAACUCCAUUAAUUGCUUCAGCCAACCCAGCAGCAUGCUUGACAGCGCUGGAUGUAAUUGAGGAUGGUAUCACGGUACUUGCCAAAGUGGAAGAAGCCUACAAGCACGAGAGUGAAACGAAAGAGGCAAUCGAACAAGUCAUUCACUCUUGUUCUUUCCAUAAUCUUCUUGACACUCUGGGUGCUGCUGAGGAUGAAACAGGGGAGAACAGAUUGCUUCCUGCAAUGAAUAAAAUUUGGCCCUUUUUGGUUGCUUGUUUUCGGAGUAAGAAUCUUGUGGCCAUUCGAAAAUGCACUCAUACAAUCAGUACUGUAGUCCAAAUCUGUGGUGGAGACUUCUUUUCUCGCCGUUUUCAUGCUGAUGCCAUCCACAUCUGGAAACUCCUAAGCACGUCACCAUUUCAAGCAAAACCUCUGGCCAAACAAGAAAGAGCCCCCUUACAGCUUCCUUACAGGAGGAGUUCCACAUCUUCUGAGGAUUCAGCAGCGGAGACAUCUAACCUAAAAGUCCAGGCAGCAAUUCUCAAUAUGAUUUCAGACUUGGCUGGGAACAAAAGAAGUGCUUCAGCAUUGGAGGCAGUCCUCAAAAAGGUCAGUGGAAUUGUCAUUGGGAUAGUCUGUAGUGGUGUUAAAGGCCUCCAAGAUGCUUGUGUAAAUGCCCUCGUGGGACUUGCAUCCAUCGACCCUGAUCUCAUAUGGCUUCUUUUAGCGGACGUCUACUACUCAAGAAUGGAAGAUCUGCCUUCGCCACCAUCUGCAGAAUUCCCAGAAAUUACGCAAGUGUUGCCUCCGCCAGCAUCGUCUAAAGAGUACCUCUAUGUGUUAUAUGGAGGCCAGAGUUAUGGAUUCGACAUUGAUCUCACUGCUGUGGAGACUGUGUUAAAUAAACUAUAUGCCCGAGUUUUUACCUCACAAAUGUACAAAUAGUUAUUUCAAGAAAGACCAAUUCUAGUGACUUUUCAAUUGCAAUACCA